AUCAAAACUCUACGCGGCUCGUUGUAUUGCUGUUUUGUGGUAAAAGAAAGAUCAUCUCUGUGUUGUUACACUCUUUACAUAUAAAAUACACACGAAAAUGGAUAUGCGUGGAUUGUCAGUGUUCAUUUCCGACAUUAGAAAAUCAACUACAAAGGAAGAAGAACAAUCUAAAGUAGAAAAAGAAUUAGCCAAGAUCAGAGGUAAAUUCAAGAAUGGUGGAGCUCUUAAAGGAUAUGAUCGUAAGAAGUAUAUCUGUAAAUUGCUCUAUAUUUACAUGCUUGGUUAUGAAAUUGAAUUUGGUCACAUUGAAGCCGUCAAUUUGUUGGCUUCACCAAAUUACUCUGAAAAACAUAUGGGUUAUCUUGCUUGUUCAUUGUUGUUGAACGAAAAUCACGAAAUGGUUACACUUAUUACCCAAUGUAUGAAGAAUGAUUUGAAUAGCAAAAAUCCAAAUGAUCAAUGUUUGGCACUUACAGCUAUUGCCAACAUUGGUGGUAAGGAACAAGCUGAAGCUCUUGCUCACGACGUACAAAAAUUGCUCAUCUCCAACGAAACCAAAUUGACUGUCAGAAAAAAGGCUGCUCUUACUCUCUUGAAUUUGCAUAGAAAAUACCCAGAAAGUUUGCCUCCAGAUUCUUGGUCCGAAAAGGUUAUUGCUCUUAUCAAUGGUAGAGAUCUUGGUGUUAUUACCAGUGUUAUGAGUUUAAUUUUGGGACUUGCCGAAAAGAAUCCAGAAGCUUAUCAAGAUGCAGUUUCAAAGACUGCUCGUUUAUUGAUGAAGUUGGUUUUGAACAGAGAAUAUUCUACAUCAUAUUUGUACUACAAGAUUGCUGCCCCAUGGUUGCAAGUUAAAGCUUUCCAAUUACUCCAAUACUACCCAGUUCCAGAAGAUAAGGCCAUCUAUGACUCUAUCAUCCAAGCUAUUGAAAAAGUUAUUCAAAUUGCUAAGAAAUCAAAGGAAACUACAUCAAAGAGUGUGAGUCAAAUUAAUGCUGCUCACAGUGUUCUCUUCGAAGCAAUGAAUCUUGCUAUUCACUACGAUUCAUCAAAGACAAUCUUGGUGACAGCUUGUUCCAUGUUAACUAAAUAUUUGAAGGAUAGAGAAACUAACUUGCGUUAUCUUGCUCUUGAUACUCUCUCACGUAUGGCUUACUCUCAAUUCGAUGAAGUUUUGGCUACUAUCAGAAAGGAACAAGAUACCAUUUUACUUGCUUUGAAGGAUCCUGAUAUCAGUAUUAGAAGAAGAGCUCUCGAUUUGUUGUACAGUAUGUGUAACAGAGAUAAUGCUGGUGAAAUUGUUGGUGAAUUGCUCAACUAUUUGCCACUUUCCGACUAUGCUAUCAGAGAAGAAUUGGUUUUGAAGAUUGCCAUUCUUGCUGAAAAGUUCUCUGUUGAUCUCACUUGGUAUGUCGAUGUUGUUCUCAAUUUGAUUUCCCAAGCUGGUGACUUUGUUGCUGAUGAUAUUUGGCACAGAGUUAUCCAAAUCGUCACAAACAAGGGUGAAGAAUUACAAAAGUACACUGCUCAAACUGUUUUCAGUGCUGUUUCUUCUCCAGCUGCUCAUGAAACUUGUGUCAAGAUUUCUGGUUACAUUUUCGGUGAAUUUGGUGACUUGAUUGCUGAUAAUCCUCAAACUGAUGCUUUUUCUCAAUAUGAAUUGAUCUUGUCCAAGUUCAACUUGUGUUCAACCACUACUAAGUGUCAUUUGUUCAACUCUUUGAUGAAGUUGUACAAUUUGUAUCCUGAUAACCAAGGACUCCGUGAUAAUAUUAAGGAUGUUUUCGAAAAGCACACCAAUUCUUUCGAUGCUGAAUUGCAACAAAGAUCUGCUGAAUAUUUGGCUCUCAUCAAUACUGGUGAUGAAGAUCUUAUUCAAGCUGUCAUGGAUAACAUGCCAAUGUAUCCAGAACGUGACUCUCAAGUCAUUAAGAGAUUGAUGGAAAAAGAAGCUGCCAAGAAGCGUGGUGCUACUGGAGGUGUUAACAUUGCUGCUCAAGCUGCCAACAUGGGUAAGCAAAAGAAGGAACAAAGAGAUACUACCGGAUUCAACUUUGAUGAUGUUUCUAACGAAGGUGUUGCCAUUGAAGACGAACAUUUGCAAGUCAAGAUUAAGACUGAAUAUCACGGAUGUAAGGGUAGACUUAUUCUCCUCUAUGGUAACAAGACUACUAAUCCAUUGACUCAAUUCAAGGUUCACAUUCUCGUUCCAAAGGAAUUGGAAGCUCAAAUUUCCAAGGUUCCACCAAUGAUUUCACCAAAGACUCAAGUCCAACAAUACGUUGACUUGGUUGCUAAGGGCCCAUUCAGCCAAUUGACUGAUUUGGAUUUGUACUUUGAAGCUAAUCGUAGAUAUUACAGAUUCAACAUCAAGUUGCCAAUCGUUCCACACAAGUUUGUUGAACCAUUGGUCAUCCAAGGUGCUGAAAACUUCUUUAAACAAUGGCACGCAAUUGGAAAGGAACAAGAAGUCCAAAAGAUUUUCCCAUGCACUCCUGUAUAUUCUGAUGUAAAUGCCUGUGCUAAGGUUUUGUCUGAAGGUUUCCGUUUGGCCAUUUUGACUGGUAUUGACAAUCCAAGUAAUAUUGUUGCUGCUGGUUCUUUCUUCUAUGAUCCUGUUGGUAAGGUUAACGUUUUAUUACGUCUUGAAUACAAUGCUCCAAAGCAAGCUUACAGAUUAACUGUCAAGGCUCAAGAUGCCACUAUUGCUCAACAAGUUUUCAAUUACAUCUUACAAGAACUCACCUCCCAAUAAUUUAAAUAAACCUAAUUUAUUUACUUCGUGUAAAAA